AUGGCCGCGAAUGUUCCUGUGAUACUUAACAACGGUUAUACGAUUCCCGUCAUUGGACUUGGCACUUGGAAAUCUGAACCAGGGCAAGUGGAACAAGCAGUUAAGGAUGCUAUUGAUGCUGGAUACCGACACAUCGACUGUGCACAUGUAUACUUGAACGAGAAGGAGAUCGGAAAAGCAUUGAAGGCGAAGUUUGAGGAGGGGAACGUAAAGAGGGAAGACAUGUUCAUCACGUCAAAGCUUUGGUGCACGUUCCAUCGUCCUGACCUGGUGGAAGGAGCCAUCAAGGUCACGCUCGAGAACCUUGGCCUGGGAUACUUGGAUCUAUUUCUGAUGCAUUGGCCUCAAGCCUUUAAGGAAGAAGAUGACCUCAUUCCCACAGACGCUGAUGGCAAAUUAAUAGUCUCCAACGUGGAUUACGUAGACACCUGGAAGACUAUGGAGACCUUGGUUGAGAAGGGUUUGACCAGAAGCAUCGGUGUUUCGAACUUUAACAAGAAACAAAUGGACCGGCUAUUGGAAGCUGCAAAGAUCAAGCCAGCUAUGCUUCAGAUCGAAGUCCAUCCGUAUUUAAACCAGCAGCUUUUGAUCGACUACUGCAGGACUCAUGACAUAGCUGUAACGGCAUACUCACCCCUGGGCUCUUUGGACAGACCCUGGGCCAAGCCUGGCGACCCUAAUCUUCUAGAAGAACCAAAAAUUAAGUCCAUUGCUGAAAAGUAUGGGAAGAGUGUUGCUCAAGUGUUGAUUAGGUACGCCAUCGACCGCGGCCUGAUCGUGAUUCCAAAAUCUGUAACCAAGUCGCGUAUCGUUGAGAACUUCAACGUGUUUGACUUCCAACUAACCCUGGAGGAUGUCAAGGAAAUAGGAUCCUUGGAGUGCAAAGGGCGAUUGUGCACGUUGGGCGAUGCCCACCAUCCAGAUUAUCCAUUCCACGACGAGUAUUAG